CCUGUUGUAUUUGUACCACGUGUAUCCUUCGCCGUGGUACGCUCAAGCGGGUAGAUUGCAGGCAUUAUUGUAGCGGUAAUAGUAAUUUGAGCCCUAAAUGCUAUACUCAUAAAGGUCACAUUCCCAUUAUUUAUAUUUUAUAAGAAUAUCUGCAAAUACGUGCUUUAGGUGUAAACAUCUUGUGUUAUGAUCUAUGGGAACUGGCUUGUUCAAGAAGUGGUCGAUGUUAACAAGAAACAUUGAAAUAGGCAUUACGUUUAGUUGUUUGAAUUGAGUGAAAUACAGUUGUGGGUUCAGUAGACAUGGAUCGUGUGGAUAAUAUGGAAGCUGAGAUACAGAGUGAAAUAUCAAGGGUUGGAUAUGCUAAAUUGGCCAAAGUUCAUACUGGUUUGGAUGCUGCAUCUAGCUCAAGUUGUGAUUCAGGUGAAUUGGAUGAAGAAUAUUAUAGAAACCAGCCACCACCGCUCAACUAUGAAUCUAUAAAAGAAAAUGUAGUAAAAAUCGAUGACAAGCAACAUACAGAUCAGAGUCAGAGGGUAAAUGAUGACAGUCCAUCUUGGAAUCAACGUCCACAAUCUACCUUACAAAAUAGUCAGAACAUCUGUCGACGUCAAGGAGGUAGAACUAGAUCUGAAGAUACUGACAGUACUGAGCCUGACGUGUGUACCCGAAUAAUGUCAUGCCUCUGUGGUAUAUUUAUAUGUUUUUGUUAGUUCGUAGGUAGUGGGUUCCUAUACAAAUAUAUCCGAUCUCAUAAGUAUAAGUCUGAACUUUAUGGAUAUGUUGAUGUAAUAUAACUAAUAAAUGCUACUUAAUUCCUGAUUUGCAAAGUAUCAAAUAAAGUGUUCUCAUUUC